CUCCACCAGGGCUUAUCGGAGGGGUUGUUGGAUUGCAUUGCAGCUCCGAGUCGCAUUAAAGACCAAUCGAGAUCUCAUUCUACCGAGGCAAAAACACAAAUGAAGCAUCCAGAACCCUUUACCCAUGAGAUAUCUCACUCCGCCCCCGUUGGCAACACUUGCCGUAUCGCCAUGUCGUACGUGCGUGUCACUGUCUUCGUUGCGUGUCUUGUCUCGUCUCAUCCCCGACUCGUUUUCGCGACCAAAAAAAAAACCUGCCCCUCCCCCUCCCCCUCUCUGCUGUUGCUGCAGUGCCAGAGCUCCACCAGCCAAGCUACUGGAGCUGCUAGCAAAACCACCCCCCGGACAACCACAACGAGAAUGGACAUUUCUGGGCCAAACAAAGCAAACGCCAGGGUUGCUGAGGAGGGGCAGAGAGAGAAAAAUUUCCAGCCAUUCCAGCCACGGUGGAUCCGCGCAAGCUUUCUCAUGCACCUCACCUCCCCUGCGCGGCAAGCCGUGCCCGACCCAUUCCCAUCAGAGCAGGUUGCUCCAACAUCCAGGCCGACUUGCAGAACCGCUGGACAUCGUUUGGUUUGCGCCGGACCACUGACAGCCCAUCAAAUUGCCAAAAAGAUGCCCCAUCCCACUUGUUGCUUGCCCACCGCUCUGCGAAACGCGGCUCACUGCGACCUAGACCACCAUCAGGCCGCUCUCCCUUCCACCCUUGGAUGUUUCAACCAGGACCACAUUCACUGGGCGGCUAUUCUGGCAGAGGUGGGAAUGGACAGAGGUUUGUCCACUGUGGUUCCAUGAGUGGAUUUCUUUUGUUACUUUUUCCCUCUUGUUCUCUGCUCUCCAUGCCGCAUCCAUCGCUUACCGCCCCCAUGGCCCCAUCCCGUGAAGCAGCCACCGAUGGAUUACGACCACAACGACCACAACGACCACAACGACCACA